UCGUGUUGACUUACAUGGAGAGAGUCGUAAAGUUUGUUAUAACUGGCCGAGAUACGAGGAGUGGAAGUCUGGAAAACGAUCACAGGCCGUGCGCUAGGUCAACGCCGCGCGUGGACCAGUCAGCGGAUAGGUACCGGAAAAACGUACGGACUAGUACACAACUCUCGCCCCAGCCCUAGCCCCUGCCUCUCUCACACAACGCUCGUGGAUUGGGAUUUGGGAGUUAGUUUGUCGUCGAUCGAUCCACAUGGCUCCGCCCGAGUUGGGCCGAGGAGGCGAUCACCUUCUCAAGAGCGGGUUUCUCCUCGCGCACAAGGAGUCGACGCCGACUGGCCGGAAAAAGUCGAAGACGCAAUUGCCUAGGCCACGGAAGAGGAUGGUACAUCGUGCGGUGGCGCAGCUGCGAGAGGUGUUCCUGGGCACGAAGCUAUUCCCACUCUUUUUUGUUGUGCCGAUCUCCGUCGCUGCCGAAUAUCUCAACCUCGGUCGGGCUUGGGUGUUCGCUUUCAGUUUGAUAGGCCUGGCUCCUCUAGCUGAACACGUGAGCUUCCUAAGCGAUGAUCUUCAUUUUGGUCUCUAUUUAUGCGGACAAAUUGCCAACACAGUAGGACCAACAGCUGGUGGGCUUCUAAAUGCAACCUGCGGAAAUGUGCCUGAACUUAUCAUUGCUCUAUUUGCUCUGCAUAAGGAAAAGAUGGAAAUUCUCAAGUGGUCACUCCUAGGAUCCAUCUUAUCCAAUUUGCUGCCUGUCCUCGGCUCAUCGCUUCUCUUUGGAGGAUUUGCAAAUAUCGGCAAGGAACGUUCACUAAACCGGAGACAAGCAGAUGUAAGCAUAUGCCUUUUGUUACUCGGUAUUCUCUGUCACAUCUCUGCCGUAGCGUCUAAAGGCACGAUUAAGAAUGAAGAAAACAUAAACUCGUUAGGAGUUCUGAAAUUAUCAAGAGCAAGUGCAGUUAUAAUGCUCAUCGCGUACAUUGGAGGCCUUCUCUUCGAAGUAAAAACACACCGCCAAAUUUUUGAACAGGAUGAGGACAGUUCAGAAAUCAGCAGCGGUGAUGACGAUGAUGCCACAGACGCACCAGUCAUAGGAUUUACGAGUGCAGUGAUCUGGUUAAUAGGGAUGACCGCAGUAAUUGCUAUGUUGUCUAAUUACAUUGUUACUACAAUUGAGGAAGCAUCAGAGUCAUUUGGCAUCCCACUCAGGUUCAUCAGUAUUGUCAUACUUCCAAUUGUCGGAAAUGCAGCAGAGCACGCAGGUGCUGUCAUAUUUUCUUUCAAGAACAAAAUUGAUAUCACCCUAGGAAUUGCUCUUGGCUCAGCAAGUCAAAUUUCAAUGCUUGUGGUACCCAUUGUUUUAAUCGUGUCCUGGGCGAAUGGCAUCCCUAUGGAUCUUGACUUCAACCUUCUUGAGACUGGAACAUUGGUGAUGACUGUAAUUGCCACUGCAUUUGCACUUCAGGAUGACAAAUGGCAUUACUUGAAGGGUUUCAAUUUAGUACUCAGCUAUGUCGUUAUAGCAGUGUGCUUUUUCACCAUGAAGGCCCUCCCGAAUAAGUAAUGUACCUUGUUUAGUGUGAAAAAAGGCAGUCUCCAGAAUUUGCCCAUGGAAAUGGUUCAUGUUUUGAGACAAAUCAAUGGGGGAGGCAUCUGAGUUGAAAGCUGUAAAACUGGCUUCCAAUCGGUCCAGAAUUGACUCGGAAAAGAUGACAAGCACUAUAUCAGUAGUUUUUGCCCACGCUAGUUCUGGGAAAUGUUGCACUUAUGAUUUUUUAACUCAUUUAUUUUGUUAUAUUUUUUAACAUUAUAGAUGGGAUCAACAUAACUA